AUGCGUGUGGCCGGCUGCGCGCGGAUAAAUGGUCCCUUCCUGUUAAACGCUUCGGUUGCGCUGCGUGCCUCGGCGCGAUGCCUGUCGUUGUCUGAGUUGGCAAAAGUGUUUGCGGAGAUGAGUGAGCCGAGCACGGCACCAGCGGCAACCGGAGCUGCCGCCGCCGCUGCCUCUGCUGGCGCAGCGCAGCGGGAGAACGCCGCCAGCAUGAACAUUGGCGCGUUACCGCCCGGCGACCACGAGGUCAGCCGGUCGAUUGAAACGAAGGGGUCGGGCUUAAAGAGUAGCCGUGGUAGCUUUGAUAGCGGGGUCGUCACAUUCUCGCCGGCGUACACCAAGACCCUCCGUGACAUGUCCGGCACACAGCUUGCCUUGGCCUUGGAAAAGGAGUCUAAACAGCAGCAUCUCGGACAUAUGAUGCAGUGCCUUGCGGAGGUGUGGCGUCGAUUGCGUGCGGCGUCGUUGAUGGGGGUUGCCAUCACGGAGGAAGAGGCACGUGGUGAGGUGGAAAAUAACGGUUGGUCGGUUUCCCUGUUCCGCAGCGAUGACGUGUUGGAGUCCGUGCUACGUUUGUUUGCCAAGACGAACCUGGAUGAGGUGCAGCAGAGCCAUCGACUCUUCAGGGAGCUUCGUGACGAAGGUGUCGGUGAGGAGUGGGUAACGGAGCUUGGGUGCCUGCUCAUACAGUGGCUCACUGACCGCGCCGCCUCACUUAGCCCUUUUCGCAGUGUAACUUUUUUGCAUCUUAUUGCGCAACAAAAGGUGUUUCACUCGGACGCCGUUUUGCAGACAUUGCGUGAUAACGUUGAGGUGCACAUUGCCAGGGACGCCGGCCGACACACAAGAAGUGCCUCCUCCAACGCCUCCUCGCCUUUCAGUGUUUCUGCUGACGGCGCCGGUGCGUUUGACCUCAGUGUUUUUGCCAUGCUGUUGGACGCGAUGGCUCGGUGGCAGCUCGGGUGUGUGCGGCUCCUUGGGAGUGAUGCGGCGGUGCCGCCGAACCGAUUUCAUGAGGGGAGCAACGUGACGGCGACGAUAACGAGGCUGCAGCACCCCAUACUCGAUGUCGCCUUCUAUGAAGUGGUGGUGGGCAGGCUGCUGCUGGGAGUACGUGAGGGCUCGCUACACCUCACACGUCAUGGAUCGCCGUCGACGUUCUUCUUCCUGGCCUUGGCGCUGGCAAAGAUCCGCUGGUUCCGUCCCGACUGUGCUGAGGUGCUGCUGCCGCAGCUUCACGAGGCCUUGCGCGUGUUCCCCGGCCAAUAUCUCGGGGUCGUCUUGCUGCUGGGGCGGCGCGAGGUGAAGGUGUGCAGCGUCGCAACCACAGAGCUGCUUCUGCAAACGCUAAUUGACACGAUGCAGAAACGCGGGCAGCGCUACAUCCCAGCGGACGGGCGUAAACGUCACGGCCCCGACGGCGUUGUCCUUUCAACACCUGCCGCCCCCCUGCAAGGCACGGAUGCCUCUUCGUGGGUCGCGAUGGGCUGUGCCCACGAAGAGGAUGUUUCCACGGCAGUGGCCACUCCAGAUGUGGACGCCGACGAGGACGAUUUGCAGCUCUUCUCUGCAUCCUCGCCUGUAGGCUCUGUACGGGGCAAGGGUGUCAUGCAGGUCUCUGCAAACAAUGCAGUGAAGUCGGGUGUUUCAUCGCAAACCUCGUCUGCUGCGUUUACGACAAGUUUCAUGGAUCUCCGCUCCGUGCCCCUCUUUCUUGACAGCCUCAAUCACAUUUUGACGACCACGCUUGAGCACUGCAGCGUACAGGGGAAAACGGCUCAGCUAGAGGCACUCAAUGCGAAGGCGGAAACCCUUUACGAGGCACUACUGAAUGACACGCAUGGUGGAGUAAAGUCGCUCCACACGUUGCAAGAGCGCCCUGCUCUGUCUGAGAAGCUCCUCGCAGCGGUGCUGCGUAUACCACGCAAGACGCAUCACCCGCUUCUUAUUGAGCUCGCCUACGUCUUUACACGACACGUCGGCGUGCGACAUGUGGCGUCACAGGAUAGCAGCAAAGCCACCCUUCUUGCCUCACAUUGGCAGUGGCGCACACUAACGCUUGUUGACCUCUUAGUACGGCGUGGCGUUAUCCUGCCAGACACGUAUGUCAUGACGGACGCGGUGAUCCAGUUGGCUCCGCGGGUGCUUUCGGCGGUGGAGGCGGAGAAGCGGCGUCUCUUGGAGCUUCAUCACGAGUCCCAGAAGCGACAAGAAAAACAACAGGGACGGGAGAAGAAGCGGAAGCAGAAGAAAACAGUCCGAACGUCGGCGGUGUUUGCGAAAUUCUCGCGCACCGUGGUGCAGAUGAAGCAGCAAAUGUGA